AUGGCUAAAAAUGAAGAUAUUUCUAACCCCGUGUCCCAAGAAGACAUAGAGGCUGCCGACAAACUGAAAAAUGAAGCAAACGAAUAUUUUAAAAAGCAAAACUACGACAGUGCUAUUACCUUAUAUACAAAAGCAAUAAGUAAGAACCCUGGAAAUGCGGCGUGCUAUGCCAAUCGGAGUAUAGCUAAUUUGCGAUUGGAAAAUUUCGGAUAUGCGCUGACAGAUGCAUCAAAAGCUAUAGAAAUAGAUAAGUCAUACACUAAGGCAUACUACAGGCGGGCAGCGGCGUACAUGUCGCUAGGGAAAUACAAAUUAGCACUUAAGGAUUUUGAAUAUGUUACCAAAGUCAGACCAAACGAUCAAGAUGCAAAAAUGAAAUUUAUGGCUUGCGACAAAAUAUGCAAAAAGGUGGCAUUCGAAAAGGCCAUAUCUGUGGACAAGAAGGAAGUUAACAUUGCCGACACUAUCAACUUAGAUGCAAUGACUAUUGAAGAUAAAUAUGAAGGUCCGAGCCUUGAAGAUGGAAAAGUCACUCUCAAGUUUGUUGAAGACUUGAUGAAAUAUUAUAAAGAGCAAAAGAAACUCCACAAGAAAUAUGCUUAUAAGAUCUUGAUUGAUAUUAAAGCUUAUCUGCAAAAACAGCCUUCCCUCGUUGACAUUAAGGUCCAAGAUGAGGAAAAGUUUACUGUCUGUGGAGAUAUUCACGGUCAAUUCUAUGAUUUGAUGAAUAUUUUUGAACUGAACGGUGUACCGUCUGAGAAAAACCCUUACUUGUUCAACGGGGAUUUCGUUGACCGAGGCUCAUUCAGUGUUGAAUGUAUAUUCACAUUGUUCAGCUUCAAGCUGCUGUAUCCAGAUCAUUUCUACAUGUCUCGAGGUAAUCAUGAGACCCUAGAUAUGAACAGAGUGUAUGGCUUCCGCGGUGAAGUAUCUUCCAAGUACACUUCUCAGAUGGCAGAUCUAUUCACAGAAGUAUACAACUGGCUACCGCUAGCUCAUUGUAUUAACAACAAAGUUUUAGUCAUGCAUGGUGGGCUAUUCUCUAAGAAUGAUGUCACUCUAGAUGAAAUAAGGCAGCUGGAUCGAAAUAAACAGCCUCCUGAACAAGGUUUGAUGUGUGAGUUGCUAUGGUCCGACCCUCAACCAGCAUUGGGUAGGGCUCCUUCCCGUAGAGGAGUUGGAUGUCAGUUUGGACCGGAUGUUACUGAAAACUUCCUGAAGACAAACAACUUGGACUACAUAAUACGCAGUCAUGAGGUGAAAAACGAUGGUUAUGAAGUUGCCCACAAUGGGAAAUGCAUCACCGUUUUCUCAGCACCUAAUUACUGUGACACUAUGGGCAAUCUUGGUGCUUUCAUAACAAUGAAAGGCAAGGACCUGAAACCAAACUUCACAUCAUAUGAGGCUGUGCCUCAUCCCGACGUGAAACCCAUGGCCUACGCCCAUUCACUCCUGAGUAUGAUGUGUCAAUAA